AUCACCAUCGUUCCGAUCAUCUCUUCAGAGCCGGCAAGGCAUGUGACAUAUUCUACGUCUUUCAUAAUCUUUCCGACGAAAAGCGCCGGCAGCGUGACUAACAGAACCUUGAGUUCUUGCUGCUCGGGUUUAGCUCGGUCGAAGCACAUGUGGUGAGCAAUAAUGCCCGUUGCCGACAACGCGAACCAGCCCAGUUGGGCUGACCGGGUCGAGCAGGGCGAAGACGUUCCGCUGCCGUCCCUACCUGCGGAACUCGCGGACGGUGAAGUCGCGGAUGGUGAAGAGAAGGUCACUACCGAGUUCCGCGAAGAUGAGGAAGGUAGGAGGGUUAAGGUGCUGCGGCACUACAAAAUUGAAAGGAGGCAAGUUUCCAAGUCUGUGGCUCGAAGAAAGCUUUGGAAAAAGUUUGGUGCUGCAAAGAAUGACCCGCCGGGCCCCAACGCGGCCACUACGGUGGUGGGUGAAGAAAUCCAAAUGCAGUUUGUGAGUGCCCAAGAGGAAGAGACUAGCCCAGAGGAGGACAUGCUGGCCAAGCUACGCAGCCAGAAGACCAAGAUGGUCAAAUGUCGAAUCUGCAAGGAAGACCACUGGACUACGCAGUGCCCCUUCAAGGAUAAGGUUGCUCUGCCCGAACACCUCAAGGAAGAGGCCAAGCCCGUAGCAGCCGCCGAGGUUGAGGAGAAGGUGAAGUCCGGCAAAUACAUCCCGCCGAGUAUGCGAGAGGGUGCCAACCGUCGCGGAGAGUCGAUGGCGCAGUCGCGCACCAGGGAUGAGGCGGCUACUAUCCGAGUGACCAACCUGUCUGAAGACGUACGUGACUCUGACCUACAGGAGUUGUUCCGGCCCUUCGGCCAGAUUGCCAGGAUAUAUCUGGCUAAGGACAAGGUGACUGGACAGUCCAAGGGAUUCGCAUUUAUCAACUUUGUACAUCGCGAAGACGCUGCCCGAGCCAUUGCCAAUGUCAAUGGCUUUGGUUAUGACAACUUGAUCCUCUCCGUGGAAUGGGCGAAGCCAUCUGGUACAUCUUGAAGACAUCAGCAGUAAACGAUGAAGUGUCCAGGGACUACUAGUAAAAGGAAUAAAAAGGGCAUGUGACAGUUUGA